CGAGCGGGGCCGGGGAGGAUCAAAUUCCCUGUAUGGGGUCCUCUGGGGGGGCGUGAUUGGGGGCAAGAGUCUCACACGCCUAGAGACCCACAGUGAAUCGGCAGAUGUUGGUAGUUCGACGGCAACCAGGCCAUCCUACGUCUCAUGCUGCCGCGCAUCUUUGCUGUAGGGAGAGGUCAUCGUUGCGUCUGAGUGUUGUCUGGGAGAAACAGCCACUCCUUUCCUUCCCGUGGUGCCCCGAGCGCAGACGCCCACCCCUCGCAGGAGAAGCGUCAGCGCGACAGCGGCAGAGCGCGAGCCGGGUGCUCGGCGUCCGAGGCAGAGGCGGGCGCCGAAGCCGCGCGGAAGCAGGCCAGGAAAGAGCGCCGGAGGGAGAAGAAGGAGCGGAAACGUGCGAAGAAGGAGGCGAAGCAGCAGGCAAGGGAUGCGAGGAGGCGGCGAAAACUGCAAAAGAAGCACGACAGUUUGUCCAAGAUGAGUCGGCGGUACAAACGGAAGGACGUGGAGGCAGAGCGGGCGGAGGAGGCAGAUGAACGCGCGAGAGGUGCGACUCGAAGCCCGAACUGGGUGCCGGGUGUACCGAGGCGUGCCGUCCCCUGGUGCACCUCGCGUACCGGGCUUUGCCUGCUUUAUAUCUUGCGAACGGUGCUGUGCCGUGCUGAGCCGCGCGUGCAGCUCCGCGCGUGCCAUACCGUUCGUGCCACGCAUUGCGUGUCACGCCAUACUCGACGUUUUAUGCGUGUGGUGCCAUGUGGGCCGAAGCGUACGUGCUGAGUGCUGGGUCGGGAGUGCCGUGCCGUGCGUCUUGCGCAGCGCGCGCUUUGCUGCGCCUAGUGGCCUAGUGUGUCGUGCAUGUCGUGCAGCACGUGCCGCUUCGAGCGUGCCGUGAGGUGCCGCUGCUCGUGCGCCGCACAGGCAAAAACGUCUUUUCCAUCCUCAUCUCUGCUUUUUCCUCCCCUCGUGCGAGCUGGCUUCGGCUCUCUCCACUUGUAGUCUGGGCGCAUGUGCACUGAAAGCUACAGGCGACGAAGAAGUGUGGGCGCGCCAAGCGGGUCCGUUUCCAUCGUGGCCCAUGGGCUGUGCCAAGUUCCGCCCUACCAGGCUGCGAUCCUUCCUCCUGUGCGCGUGCGCACGGGGCCGAGGGGGCCGCUGCGAGGCCCCGAAGAUGAUUCGCCAGUGGCCGCGUGGGUAUCAUGAUCUCCUUCCUCCCC